AUGGAAAGUGAUUUUGAGCUAGAGGAAAACGACUUCCUUGAAAGCUUCAAAGGGACUACUCUGGAGUCUCUAAAUCCAGACUCAUGGAACAACAUCCCAUUCUGCCUCAUACAGGGUAUAAAGUGAUGUAAGGAGAGCUGCUUAGCCUCUAUUCAGAACUUAGAGGAUCUGAGCCAUAAGAUGGAUAGGACCAAUAAUCAGCUGAAGAACACGAACCAUGUGCUUACUAACCAACUGAUGACUGCUGAGUCUAAACUGAUGACCAAGAUUGAGGAUCUUGAGCGGUACGCUAGGAAGAUGAUCAACGAAUCUAUUGGCCUAGUCACUAGUAAGUCAGAGUACAUUGAAAUCCUCUCUGCUGAAGUCAAGAAAAAGAUGGACAAGGUCACAGGCCAAGUAGAAGCCAAGCUUGAUGAUAUCUUUGGUAAAGAGGAGCUUAAGACUUUUGUAUUUGAUCAGAUUAAGGAAAAUCUUGAAAAUGUAGUUAUAAAAUCCUUACAACAGCAGAAGGAAGAACUUGUACAAAUGCUGGUACGAACAGUGCAAGUACAAGGCCUCAUUGGUCCACAGAUGCAAUAUGAAGAGUUCAAAGACUGGAUCUUGGCGGUUCAGGCUAGAUUUGAAGUUCUAGAGCAACAGCAGGUUGAUGGGUUUAAACAGGUUAGAGAAAAAGUCGAUAAAGGGGUUGAAACUGCUCAGCAAGAGCAAGAGGAAUAUCGGAAAACCAAUGAUGAUAGGCUAAAACAGCUUGAAGAGAGCUUGGAGGGAAUGGUUAUUGAGAAUAAACAGCAAAAUCAGAAGUAUAGAAUUCAUAAUAAUUUUAAUUACAGGGAUAACAUUAAGAAAGAAAUUUCUGAAUUAGAAAAACAAUUUGAAGAAAGGUUACAAUCUAUAAAGAAAGACCUAUUGUCUGAGAAUCAAAAGAGAAUGCGUACUCACACUUAUAUAAAUACCAAAUUACAAGCUCUAGACACCCAAAUCACCCAUCUCAAAGAGCAUGAGAUCAUGAAUCUGGCCGAUUCAUCUAAGCAAUUCAAUGAAAAGAUAAAUUCUCUAGAGUCUACUAUUGAAGCUGUCUCUAAACGUAACCAGAAGUAUAAUAAUGGGAAUUCCCAUGAAAAUUCUAACACUUCUUCACAAGAAAGUAGAAAUCAGGCUAAUGAAAAUAUUCCUGCUAGAAAUAGUUUUGAGCACCGAGAAACCGUCUUCAGCCAAUUCAAAAACAAGGAUCUCUCAAAAAGCAGCGAGACUGCCCAACCAGAAGUCUCCAAGCUGCCAGAAAGUCAUCGAUUUAGCAUGAAGAAUAACGUUUCACAGAAUUCUAAGAAUAUGAACGGAAACCAAAUAGCCUUUCUAAAAUAAAAAUGGAGAGAAGUACAUCGAUCCAAGCAAGAAGGAUUCUCAAAAAUUAAGGCAAGAUCUGACAAAGAAUUCACUCAGAGCUGGGGAUAAUGGUCAGAAGGAACAACUUCAAUUAAUCAAAGAGAACUCUUAUAUGAGUGAUCAUGUUGAGGGUUCAGGGCCUACUUCAGACUUGAAUGAAGGAUCUAACUUGGCUCCAAAGCAUAAGAAAGAAUCACAAAACUCGAAGCGUAACUUUGGGAACAAGUCUCUCAUCCCUUCUGAUCAAGAGAUUGAUGAUGAAGUUAUCCCAAAGAAAGCUCCUGUUGAAAUAACUGAUGAUGCAGUGCAAGAUUUCAUCUCAAAAAUGGCUAAGGAGCUCAAAAGAAAAAAGAAAUCUUCAGAUGGCAUCCAAAACGAUAUGUAUAUAAAAGAUGAGGAAGAAAAGCACCACAAAGCGAUGAUGCAGGACAAAUCACAGGUUUUGAUAAGCCCUCAUAAAAAGAAAAAGAGUAGGAAGCUCAAGCUCGCAGAAGUUAAUUCUCAACGUAGAGCUUUAAGACUAAAUGAGAUGCUCAAGAAUCCUGUGCCUAUAUCACAUAAGAGAUCUGUUUCAGGCAAAAGAAGAGAAGCUAUAGAUAACAGCUCAACCAGUUUUUCUGGCGCUGGGUUCAAAGUAGAUGCUAUGGGAUACCACCAGAAAGGAAAACAAGAGCUAGAUGAAAUUAUACAGAAUAAAAUUUUGAAACAGAAGAAUUAUAUGCGUGGUUCUACAGGGAUGCGCUCUAGAAGCAUAGUGGGAAUUCAGGAGAUUUCAGCUCCUUCAUUAAAUUUUCCACCAAUAAACAGAAGCAUUAAUCCUUCUCCUAAUCGACACUCCUCUUUUGAUGAAUCACCAGGAAGGAAUAAUUCUGUUGAACCGAGCCAGAAUCUAAAUAUUUCGAUUCCUGCUGUAAAGAACAGGAAGAAAAUAAAGAAGAGUAAAAAUAGUCAUAGAGCAAAAGGAAUGGCUCAAAACCUAAGUUUUAUGUCUCCUGUAGAAAACAAAGGGAUGACUAUUGAUAAUUUUGAGAGGAAAUACAUCACUAAUCUCAAUUCAAGGGUGGAGGCCAACCCUAGAGAACUACAACCAGAAACUAUCCAUAUGACAUUUGAAGGAAAUGACAGCCAGCAUGUGAAGAAUAGUUACAAGCAUAAGAAGUAAAACAG